UAUCUAAAGUAGUCCUUCCACGCUACCGAACAUACCUCCCAAAAUCCCUCGUCGCGACCAGAUAAAAACCCUAGCAUUAGAUCCCUGAAACCCUAGUCCCUCUUCAUCUCCUCUCUUCCCUGCUCUUCUCUCUUUGAUGGCGGGAGCAGGAGGAAGAGGAGCUCCCGGAGCGAUGGAUUCGGCUUCGGUCGUCCCGAUGGAGGACACCAUCGAUGCCCUAAUGAACUACCUCGUCGCUCCUCUCCUCCCCUUGAGGGUCUCUUUGCAGGAGAUCCCUACCGAUGAUCAGCAGGAGGCUGUGGCGAGACAGAUUCAUGCAGUUGCGCUGCUCUAUAAUUAUUACCACCGGAAGCAGUUUCCACAACUUGAGUUUCUUGCUUUCGAGUCUUUCUGCAAAGCUGCUUCUAUAGCUAAACCAACUUUGAUGGCAUACUUAAAAUAUAUGCAUAAAUAUGAGGAUGGAUCAGGAGAUCUCGACAAACAGCUGUCAAUCACAGAAAAAAAGAUCAUGGAUGCCUGUAAUAUUUCUGAGGCAUUAGAUGCAUCAAAUAAUACUCCAAACAUGGAGGGUUGGCCAAUUUCCAAAGUUGCUGUUUUUCUAAUCAAUCAUACGAAAGAAAUAUGUUUGCUUCAGUUUGGAUCCUUAACUCAAGGUGUCUGGUCAUUGCUGGAACAAGAACUUGAAGAACCUAUUGAUAAUCAGGUAGAUGGCACCCAAAUGAACAAGAAUGCAUCAAAAAACAAAAGGAUUGCAUGUGGGUGUUCGCAUGGAUCUUCCGAAAAUGAUUAUGUGCUUCAGCAACUUGCAUUUUCUAUCCUGGAGCAAAAAGCAGGUAUUAAUCAUUCAAAUUGUUGUAUUCUGGAACAUCAUUUGGCGUAUUCAUUAAGUCAGGAGAAGACAACUACUAGGUUGUAUAUAGUGAAGUACACAAAAACAGUUAGUGAGGAACUCAGGGAAAUUAAUGUCAAGGAUGUCAUUAGCAGUUUGAGAGGCCCUUUAGUCAGGCAGGCUUUCGCUCCUGAAGUAACACCUGUUGUUGAGCACUAUAAUCUCUUGCCAUAUGUUGACAUUUUAUCUGAUUGGCUGAACAGGGAAGCACUUCAUGAUGGUUCGCUGCAGUUGCCAAUGCUGCAGGCAGAUGUAAACAAGAAAUGCCCAUUGUUGUCAGACAGAGUAUCCAUUGUGGAAGAUCCUAAAACUGACGAUAAAUCAGAUUGGGGUGAGCAAACAGUGGACAAGAUGAGCCACACUAAAAAUGAAACUAUAACAAAGAACAAAAAUAGUGCAUCUUCUAGGAGUGGGUCAAUACAAGCUGCUUGUAGACCAAAAGCCAAUGCUCACAUGUUGUCCAUGGAACCAGACAAAUCACCCAAAGUGGAAGAUGAGGUGGUCAGUGAUAGAUGUUUUCAGAAUGAACAAACUGUGGAUGUGUUGAGUCACAAGAGCAGGAUAAGGAAGGCAGUUACAAACAGCGUAGCAACUGAUGGACCAAAUAUGAGUGGGUCAUUCACAGUUGUGUGUAGACCUCACAGCGAGGCUGUUAAUUCAUCCUUGAAUCAGAAUCAGCAACCACUGGUUAAUAAGGAGGAUGUGUGGAGGGAAAACGACAUUUUAUAUAGUCUUACCAUUAAGAGGAAAAGGAAUAAUAUUCAGGAUACUGCAGAUGUCACUCUGCAAGGCUGUAAUGAGAAGGAAAAUAUGGCAGAUUCAGCUAAGCCAUGCACAACAAAAGGCAUAGAAGGAGAACUCCUAGGCAAAACAGAUACAGGCGAUUCUGUUCAAUGUGGAAAAGCUACUUUUGAUCUUCCACUUGUUCCUUUGCAAAUUAAUAUGGAAAACCAAAAUGCAUUUCAACUCGUCGCGUCAAAGAAAGAUGGUCUGCUACAGGCUUCCUUACGAAUUCUUCAGAAAAGACGUGAUGAUUUGUGUCAGCAACAGCGCCUCCUUGAAGAUGAAAUUGCUCAAUGUGAAAUGAACAUCCAAACAAUUUUAAGUGAAGGAGAAGAGAACUUGAAGCCAAAAGUUGAAUCAAUACUAGAAGCAUGUAAUGCUUUAUGCUCGAGUCAAAUGCAUGUGGGUACAUCUUUGUGUUCUAAAGGGGGACAAACUCAAAAAAUCACAAGGAAAAGAUUGAUGGAGGCAGUUCUCAAGUUACAGAGCUCAUGUCAGGAAUUGGAUGACAUAUGCUGUGAGAACAGCUGGACAUUACCAAGAUAUAGUGUGCUUCCAUCCAUUUCAGAUGGUAUUGGCAAUGCCUCCUACAGGAAGGUUCCAGGCCAGUGUUACAGUUAAAGGGAUGGAUUUUGAAUGCACCGUUGAUGGUGAUUUGAAGAGCAAUCCUUGUGAAGCACGGGACUCUGCAGCUACCAACAUGUUAAGCAAACUUCGCAUCAUGGCAGGCCAAGCACAGUAAUUAGUAGGCCAAACAGGUCUCCUACUUGCUUCGUCUUUAUCUGUAAACCUCUGCUAUCUCAAAGGAGCUACAGAAACGAAUUGUUUUUCUGGUGCUGUAGGUAAAAUUCUUGCAAAGUGAGGCAGUAUUAAAAGAAUAUUGAUUAUGGAUCAUUCAUAGAGCUUAACAUGUUCGUCCAACAUCAGUAACAAUCUAUGUGACAUUUCAUGAUCAAUAUCUGUUGUAUGCCUGAUAUCCAUGUCAUGGUCUAAUGCAAUGGCCUUGGUUG